UUCAGUUCGGAGAUUAUGAUUCAGUUGUAAAUAACCUCGAGUGAAGAACAAACGUGCUGAUAACUUUUACGCUCAAGCUUGCCAGCACUAAGACUGCGAUGUUUGUCUAACGGAAACGGAAGUGUAUUUGUGCUCGAAAAAAAAAAACAAAAUAUCGAAUAAUUAUAUCAAUAAAAAAAAUAAGUGCAACAAAUAAAAUGUCAAUACGAAAAGCAUUCAGAAUUUUUUUAAUUAGUGUGAUAUUCCUGUACGGAAAUGUUCAGCAGUCAUACGCCUACACACAAGUCUCAAGCAGCGGCAGUGGGGACCACAGUGGGGAUGGACCAAAAAUCUACAAAGCCUUAAAUUUUGAUUUGGUUUUUCCUAAAAGUUUCAACUCUACCGAAAGUUUUACAUCGCCAACAUCAUCAUCGGAUUCCUUAGCCAUUGAGCCACCUGCCACUGCGCCUAGUAGCUUGCUCGACCGGCGACAGUAUAAUCCAUUGCCACAAUCAAAUGCACAAACAAAUCAAGAUGAUGGCGAUAACCGACCUCUAUAUAUUACACCAUCGCCUAAUGAGGCUGCUCUUUACCAGACACCCAAAACAAUCAGCAACACCCACGACAACGAGGACGACGGUACACAAGUGGUGACACAAAAUCCCAUAAAUAUUCAGCAACAACGAAAUGAUAACAGCACCAAUAGUGUGGCCAUAGAACAAGAACAACAAAAUAUUGCCACUGGUCGUGCUGUCGAUUAUCGUAGUGGUUAUCCCUUUGGUCAACUUAUCACGCCAUUAAUCAAAAAUGCACCACGUCCUGUGUACAGCAGUGGCAUUGGUAAGGCCAAGCCCGUGCCAACGUCAUUAUAUAGUUCAGCAGCAACGAAUAGUGGCCAACAAGUGGUCUAUCCCCAAGUUGCAUAUCAGCGAAAGCCGCCAAGUCGAGCUGAAAUUGAUAAGUUUCGCGGUCGUGGACCCAUCAAGGAUCGAUUUACGCCGAGUGAAGCUGUGGCAUCGCAUCAAAUAAAGGCGGCUCACAGUCAUAAUCAUGACCACCAUAAUCAUUCGCCUACUUAUACGGCUGCUGGCAAAACGGCAGCCUCUUCUAAUGUGGUAAAUACAUACGUUCCACCUGCCAACUUGUAUUCGUUUCCACCGAACAACAUAGACUAUCCCCUGCCUACAUCCCAGGGCAAUAAACUAGCAAUGCCGAGUAAUGUGGUCAAUUCGUAUGCACCACCCGCAUCGGGCCUGGAGGAUUCAGGAUACAAGUAUCAGGGCCCUUUAAAUUUAGGCUACUUGCCAUCCAUUAACAGUGACAAUGAUGGUGGUAAAGGCAAUAGCGAUGGCCAAGCCGAUGGAGAUACAAAAGGCCAGAUGGACAACAAUGACGGUGAUGCUGAAACUGGUGAUGAUUCAAUCGGAGUGUUGCCAGCCAGUGCCAUGGGUGGAGAUAACAGUUCUGGCGACACAAUGGAUCAGAUGAAAAUGAAUGAUGAUCAAUCCAACGAUCACCAUCACCAUGAUGACCAUGAAUACGACACUGAAAAGGAGUAUCCAACUCCACCACCUGAAUGGCUAAAAGCUCAUCCAGAAGCCCAAAGUGAACAACCUCCAAAUGAUAUGGAUGAUCACGACCACGCUUCCGCCGACAUAGACCACGAUCAUGACCACCACUCAGCUGAUAUGGCUCAUGAUCACCACCAUCCCGAUAUUAUAUUCGAUCACGACCAUGACCAUUAUUAUCCUUAUCAUCAUUCCUUUCCUUCAUUCCCUGUGUACCCACAUUAUCCAGAAAUAAUUUACGACGAUCACCAUGAUCAUCAUCAUCACGUAGAACCGCCCACAACAACUACAGAAGCCCCACCACCGGAACCUCCACCAGAGCCAAGAGUUAAAAAGUACAGCUACUUUUACAUUGGACGCAAACUGUGGUACAUUCCACUUUACUUUACUGUUUGGUUCAGUUUUUAUGUUCUUUGGCUCAUUCUAAAAUCAAUAGCCCGACACAAGGUAAAUUUACCCAAUCACUACGUAUCCAGAAGAAGCAUCAACGAAUACCACCCACCCAAAAGCCAGGAAGAUGUCCUUAAUGAGUUGACCGUAUCUGUUAUGGACAAAAUCGAUAAAUUUAAAAGAAAAUAUUUGAAGUGAUCAAUGAAUUAGUGAUAUAUGAACACAAGAAUAAAAGACUUAAAUCUGAUAAAAAAAUAUUUUUUUUC